GUGGCCACGGUGUCUUCAAAUACUGGUCUAGUAAAGUAUGGUUUGGUUUUAGCGACGAGAUCGCUAUCAGAAACCGAGUUAAGUUGAAUCAUAAUGGGAUCAAAGUGUUCUGGCAUCCAAAUGCUUCUGAAGAAGUUAUCUCUGAUGAUAAAGUUGUGUUAAUGGAUCGAUCAUUAAUGCCUGGUGAUGUAGUACGAAAAGUUAGUGAAGGCAAGCCAAGUCAAUUUGGAUAUUGUGAAAAUAUUGAUAAAUAUGCCACAGUGAAAAUACUUAAUACCAACAAAAUAAUUGAAAAUAUCAAUUCCCGAAACUUAACUCGCACAGAUCCCUUCUUAGAUAAUUCCUUGGUUUUUUAUGAAUCAUGGGUUGGUGGAGUUUAUAAGGUAAAACGUAAAGUUACAUUUGUUUCACAAGAUGGAUCCAUUUUUACAUUAGAGGAUCCACAUAGAGGAGACAUCAAGAGUCUAUGUACAAGUGAUGUAUUUUCCAUUGGUGAAAAUGCAUUUUAUCACGGGCAAAAAUUUAAAAUACGACUAAAUUCCUUAAAAAAAGCAAAAUUUUUAACGAUCAGUAACCUAAUGAAAUGUUUAUGGCACAAUUAUAAGAAGAAUUUCAGCUAUAAAUUUGGGCCCAAGUGGGUCAAAGUUUAUGUUCAAGAUGUUAUUGUAUCAUCAGUUGAAGUUAAAUGGUACUACCAAUUUGGAACAAGCGAAACACAGCCUCCUGAAGAAUAUGAGAGAUUAUUUACUGGUGAUGAUUUGAAAAAACUAAAAACUUUUGAUAUAUUUAAGUUGCUUUCAACUAAAGUGGGAAACAAACAUUGGUAUACAAUUAAAGAUAACAAUAAUUUGAUGACAAUGAAACAGUGGCGAUCUAAAUGUACAGAAGCUUUUAAUAUUGGAUCAGGUCCAAUACACAUUAAGACUAAUAAAGAUAAGCAAAACAACAAGCUUGGUACCAAUAAACGUUCAAAGAUUUCACACCCUAUUGAGUUGGAUGCUAUAAAUAAAGAUGACUUAUUAUUAAGUACACAGAAUGGAUCUGGUAGAAACGCUUCAGCUGUCCAAAGACAAAUAAAUGAAAGAAUAUUAAAUAAAAAAUAUGAAUUUGCAAAUUGUGAAUCUAAACCAUCUACAAGCAGAACCGGCAAUUGUUGUGUAUAUACAUUCAAAUCAAUCAGACUAAAGAGGAACCGUAUGCGGAAAUUAUUUAUUAAAAAAAGUAAACAAUUCAAUAAACCUAAAAUAAAAACCAAACCAAAUUCCAAAGUAGUAGUUGAGGUUUGCUACACAAAAUCUGUGGUAGAUGUUAUAUGGCAGGAUGGUACUAAAGAAACUGGAGUUUCUUCCACUGAUCUCUACCCAGUAAAUAUUCUUGAUCAUCAAGAGCUUUUUCCUGGCAAUUUUGUUAUUGAAAAAAGUUCUGCAUCUGACGUUUAUGGUGUUGUAGAAUCUGUGGACCGUGCAGAACGCACUGCUCAUAUACAAUGGUUUAAAGUUUGUCCUGAAAAUCCAUCAUUGCCAAAUCCUAUUGAAAAGACGUAUUUUAGUCUAUAUGACUUACAUGAUCAUCCGUAUUUCCAUUUUAAAUCUGGUUUUAUCGUUCUGCAUACUGAUGAUGAUACAUACCCAGAUUUAAAUUCCUUAACUUUUGGACAUGUACUAAGUACAGGGCCUGAUGGCAAGAUCUCAGUGAUAUCGGUUGAUGGUGAAAAAACCAAAUAUUGGCCAGAAGAAUUAUAUCCUGUUGAAAUAAAUGAUAAUGGCCUUUCAAGUUUUCAGAAUGUAGAAUAUGACUUAUCUGGUUACAUAUCUACAACCAGUCCUGGAUCAUCUAAUGAUCAAGUAUACAAUGAGUGGAAUUAUACAAGCUUAUUUGUCCAAUUACUACAGCAAUCUGCUACGAGUAUGAAAUUAUUUCUAGAUGCUGUUCAACAAAAUUGUGACAUGGAUAAAGUUCUUAAAUUAAACAAUGCUUUGGAACAAUAUAGGUCAGGAUUUAACAUUAGUUCGUUUAUGCCAACUUCAGAAUUUAAAGGAAAAGAAAAAGAAAUAGAAACAUGGUACAAGGAUCUCAUGGAUAAUAUCUCAAAAUUAAUAAACAAAAUAAUCUCAAGAAUAGAGAGAGAAGAAGGAGAAUUAGUUGAAGAACAAGAACUGUCAUUUGAGAUUUUAAUUAAAGACAGUGUAACUAAAUUAAAACAGUUAGUAUAUGAUUUCAUAAAGAAAGUUCAUCUUGUUUUCAAUGAAUUAUAUGGUUCUAAGUAUGGAAUAAUAAGAUAUUCUGAUACAAAAGAUGAAAGCGAUGACUUUAGUCCAGAAAAAAUGGAUGUAACAGAGCCAGAAUCUGUACUUCCAGUAAUUGAACCACAUCCUGCUGAAUGUCGUCUUAUUACAUUGGAUACAGAACCAGUAGAUGAAGUAACCAAACAAGAAUAUAAGGAAAGUAUAACCAAACCCGAAGAAGCUGGAGUUUUUGAUAUGGUAGAAACACUUAUGGAUAAUUCACACAUGUACAUCAAUUUUAAAGAUGAUUUAAAUCCAUCAUUACUAAAAGUUAUUGCCAAAGACAUCCAAAUACUUCAACAAAGUUUACCGGCAGGAAUUUGGGUGAAAACAUUUGAAAAUCGUAUGGAUUUGUUUUCUAUAAUGAUUAGAGGACCAGAAAAAACUCCAUAUGCUGGUGGUUUGUUUCUGUUUGAUGUCAAAAUUCCACCCACAUAUCCAAUUCAACCUCCACUCUGUCAUUAUUAUAGUUAUUGUGCGGACCGGUUGAAUCCAAAUCUAUAUGAAGAUGGAAAAGUAUGCCUUAGUCUUUUGGGUACUUGGGCUGGUCAUGGUGUUGAAUUAUGGUCACCUAAUGAUUCAAAUUUAUUACAGCUUCUAGUAUCAAUACAAGGACUGAUAUUGGUGAGUGAACCAUAUUAUAAUGAACCUGGAUUUGAUAACCAGCGAGGUCAAAAGCUUGCAAAAGAAAACUCUCGUGUUUACAACGAAAUGGCUCUGAUCAAAGUAGCGCAGUCAAUGACAAAUAUGUUAAAAAUGAAUAAUUCAGACUAUAAAACUGCAGGGUAUUUUAAAGAAGAAAUACUGGAACACGUAAAAACACAUGGUCCAAAGUUAAUCAGUACAAUUGAAAAUUGGAUUAAAAUGUCUGAAAAAGAAUUAACUGAAGAUGAAAAACUUGUUCCUGGAUAUCCAUUAUUGCCACUUUCCAAGGGAUUUUGCCUAUCAAUCAUCAAAGCACUAAAAGAUUACAAAGAAGUAUUGAUUUCCAUGAAUAUCAUAAUAAAAUAAUCAUAAAUAACUCUUAACUGUUUUAUCCUGUUCAAAGAAAACAUAUGCAAACAUACAUUCUUUAUGUUCAACUUAUCUAGCUUUCAACGUAUUUAAGUGUAAUUUAUUAAGUUAUAUUAUCUGUUAUUCACCAACUACUUGUGUAACUGGAAAAAUUAAUAUACAUUUGUAAACGAUGAAUAAAUUACAAAACAAAUUUAAUUGAAAAUGUAACUCAAAUUUCAGCAAGAACCCAAUAAAUAUUAUAUAUAAUUUCUGCAUUUAUUCUGUUUUUUUCUGGUAAUUUAUCUUCACCCUCACUUUCA